AUGGGCGGGACGGACGGAAGCCCCGGGAGCACGACGGGCCGCCACCAUCGCGACGAGGAGGAGCGCUCGUGGCUCGAGAUGCUCGCCGCGGACGACGACGUCGAGGGCCCCUCGCUCCUUCGCGCGCCCGACGUCCUGACGAGGAACGGCGCGUCACCGGACGCGCCGGUCCUCGACGACGACGGCCUGCUCCUCCGCCCGUUGGGUUCGCUCGGCGACGACGACGACGACUUCGCCUGCGGCGGCGACGUUUGCGACCUCGUCCAUCGUGCCCCGGUCCACGGCGGGAUCGCGCGCGGGGUCAUCUCCGCGCUCCGCCGCUCCGCCACGGACGUCGGGGGCGAGCUCGGGCGUCGCCGCGCGGACGUUCGUGCCGCCGCGAGCCCCCGAGGUGUCGCGCCGCGCGGCGAGGCCCGCCGGCGCCCCCCCGAUCGCGGCGGGGGCGGGCACACGCGGGGCCAGCACUCCCCGCUCGCGGGCGGACCGGGCGACGCCAGUCUCGUGGAGAGGCUGCGCGACAGCCUGUGCCCCGACCGCGCGGAAGACCUCUCCGAGCGGCGCGGCGCGAGGGGCGGCCUCAGGCGCGCGCGAACGCUCCCGACGAACCUGCACGCGCACGACGACGACCUCCCGUUAGAUCCGCGCGCCGCGCAGGCGGACGUCGUCGCCGCGCGGGCCGUCGAGGCCGCCGCGCAGGCCGCGAGCCCCCGACCCUUUGGCUACCUCGGCGUCACGCGCCCGCCGUGGACCACGCGGUGGGAGGCUAACCUCGUGGACGAACACACGGGCGGGCACGUGUUCCUCGGCAACUUCGACCAGAAGGAAUCCGCCGCUCGGGCCCACGACGCCGCCAAGCUCAAGCUCGCCCUCGGGGACGACGAGCCCGUGCCCCAGGACCAGCUCAACUUCGACGCGAGCGACUACCGCGAGGAGCUCUCCGCCAUGACGGAGUGCACGUUUGAGGAUUUCGUCAAGACGCUCGUGACGCACUCGUACGGGGGGAGUCGAAGCGCGGGGCACUCAAAGUUCCGCGGCGUCUUCGCGCGGGAGGACGGCCUGUGGGAGGCGAAGCUCGACGCCGAGGAUGCCGGCGGGGCGCGCGAGGACCGGCGGUGGAAGAAGUGA